GAUGCAUUUCCUGGUCCUGUAGGGAUGCUGUCUCCUGCUGGAAGAGUGCGCUGAGCCACUCCGCCGCGCGGGAGGGUGAACCGGGAAGCGUCGUCCAAGGCGCAGGAGCGAGGCGUAGCACGUGCAACACAAACAGAGGACUUUCUUCGCAGUCUAUUCCUUCCGGCGCGGAGUCCAUAUGGAGCUGGGAGGCGCUUAAGAGUUCUUCUGAUUGGCCAGCCUCGCAAGCGAUGGCUUUGUUUUGGUUGCAGUUGUCCUUCCCGCAAAGGGUUCCUGAUUGAUAGGAAGAGCUUCUUGAAUGGCUUAUUUUACCUGCCAUCCCAAAUAGGUGUCAUCUCUGGGGAGAAAAAAACCGCUUGUAAACGGAGAUGGCAUUGAGGAGCUUGGGUGUUGUAAACAGGUUGUUUUGGAGAAAAAGGGGUGCUUUUACUCUGAAACUUUUGUGGUUUGCGCUUUCUGUAUUCCUCUUCUGCGAAUUCUUAAUUUAUUACAUAGUCAUCAUUCGAUGUCACUGGCCACAUCUGAAAGGUCGGUCUCCAAGGGCUGAUGGCCAGAAGAUGGAUUUUGUCUUGAAAGCAAUGUUUUUAGCAGAUCCUCAUCUGCUUGGUGAGAUCAACGGACACUGGUUGGACAAGCUAAGGAGAGAAUGGCAAAUGGAGAGAGCUUUCCAAACUGCCCUCUGGCUUCUGCAGCCAGAAAUAGUUUUUAUCCUUGGAGAUGUCUUUGAUGAGGGAAAGUGGAGCUCUUUGCAGGCCUGGUCGAAUGAUGUGAGACGCUUUCAGAAAAUGUUUAGGCAUCCAGCCCAAACCGAACUAAUUGUGAUUGUUGGCAAUCAUGACAUUGGCUUUCAUUAUGAAAUGACUACAUUCAAAUUGGAGCGCUUUUCUAAAGUUUUCAACUUCUCUUCAGAAAAAUUGAUAACUCGAAAAGGGAUAAACUUUGUUCUAGUGAACAGUGUUGCACUGGAGGGCGAUGGCUGCAUGAUUUGCAAAAAUGCAGAAGCAAAGCUAAUUGAACUCUCCCACAAACUCAACUGCUCACUGCAGGAACAAAAUCAGAACAGGAAAAGGUGCCACGACGCGGAUAGACUUCCACCUUCGGCUCCAAUCCUGUUACAGCAUUAUCCUUUGUAUAGAAGAAGUGAUGCAAAAUGUACAGGGGAGGAUUCUGCUCCUCUGGAGGAAAAGAAUGACCUUUUUAGAGAGAGGUAUGAUGUGGUUUCUCAGGAAGCUUCCCAAAAGUUGCUAUGGUGGUUUCGUCCUCGCCUGAUCCUGAGUGGACACACCCACAGUGCCUGCGAAGUAUUGCAUAAUGGGAAAGUCCCAGAAAUCAGCGUUCCCUCGUUCAGCUGGAGGAACAGAAACAAUCCUAGUUUCAUAAUGGGCAGCAUAACAUCCUCAGACUUCUCUCUCUACAAGUGCUUUCUUCCCUGUGAGAACACCGUUAUUACGAUCUACUGUACAGCAGGAGUUGUGCUUGUGGUCUCCACACUAGCUCACUUUCUGCCUUUCGCCUCCCCGCUCCAUUUUGUUCAGCAUUUAAUCACUAAGUAUAAAGCACUAUGAAGAGUCAGACACUUGUAAUCAGUCACUGACACACCAAAGCUAAAGAACAGUCCAUCAGACUACAUUCAUGCCAGCAAAUGCGUACUUGAAUUGCUAGCCCAAAGGCAAAGUUUGCCUUUACAUACAGAAAUUCCUAGACAAUUGAUAUGACUUUUUAACUACAGAAUAAUUUAACUGUGAACGUUUUCAUGCUGUACAAAAAUAUUGUAUUCUACAAUCAAAUGAAUAGUUUUUAUUUUCUUUGCUAAAGUGUUUGUAUCAAAUAUGUAUAUUAAAAGUUUUGUAACUGUACACUA